AUGCGGCCGUCGACUAAUCAUUCCGACGACGACGAGCAGCCGCGUGUGAAGAUCCACGUGGACAGGAUGGAUUCCGUGGUUGCGCGGCUUGCCCGAGAGCGGGAGAAAGGGAGGGAACACGGCGGAGUGGUGCUCACCGAUCGCUCAAAUCAACCCCAAAGCAACAACGUUGCUUUCCUGGGCGGUCCUGCAGGGCUUGGGUCGAUGUCGGACCUGGACAGUGGACACGAGCUGAAUCCGAGUUUUGACCUGAGUGGAGAUAUUGGUCUCAAUCCCGGAAACGCAUUCGCCAGUGCCUUAAAUUUCGACUUCGACUUCGAAAAUGGGACCACGGACGUCUUCAACGCCAAUGACCAGGGAGGCGUGUUCAACUCUCACCCACUCCUUCCGAUUCAGUUGGAACUUCAGGAAUCAAGAAAUUUUCCCGGAACAACAAACGUCUGUGCCACAACUACUGCAACAUCCUUAGAAGAGAACAGCAAGACGCUCAGCCCUUUGCUUUCACAGUUGUUCAACAACGAGAUGUUUACGCGCACCACGGCAUGUGGUACCGCAAUCCUGGCGGAGAAGAUUGAAAUGAUGAGUUUUUCCGACGACGAUGUGACGGAUGCAGAGAAGUUGCUCUCGACGAUCUCGCACGAACCAAAUGUGCUCGAGGUGCUGGAUAUCUCCAUUAAAUGGUGGAUUGCGUGGAGGGACCAGGCGGUCGCGAUGCAGGAUGUGACUGUCUCUCUAUUCUCGAAGGAUGACAACGAGGAGGAGCAGCAGACACAAGGACAGGAGAGUAUGACUUUGGAGUGUGCAGUCCCUGCACUACACAGUAACGCAACGGAAACCACGUCCUCUUCAACAAGACCGGAUUCAAGUGCGAGUUUGGGAAUAAGGGGCCACCAUUCCGACCCACCUAUGUCCUUCCGGGACUUCGUGCUCACCAAACUGUCUCGCUCACAAGAACCCGUGUCGUUUGCCACGGGCCUCCUCUGCGUCGCAAUGUCGCUCUACCAACUGCGGCCGGGCGUCGACGACGGAAAACUAAACAUCUCUACAUCUCCAUCCGACCUCGCCGACCGAAUAGUGCUGGCGGUGGACACGAUCGUCCUCUGUCCGACGUCCCAACACAAACACACGCGUGACCCUGGCGUGCUGUUGCUCCUGAUGAUUCGCGCCAAAAUGUUCGCCGAGAGCAACCAACUACGCAAGUCUUGGCUGUGCAUCCGUAGAGCGCUGGAAAUCGCAAAGGACACAGGGUUCACGGAACCGAAGAUGCCGUUGCUCGGCGACGGUCUGGGCGAGUAUGCGCCCAAGGUGUGCGGACUGGAAUUGACCAAACUCUUCUCCCGACAGCGCUUUAUCGGCUCGAUCAUGGAACUCGACCGGCUCAUGAGCAUGGUCCUGGGCUUUCCACACGCCGAGGAUGUCAAGUUUACAGAUCAAUUGGCGAUGGCCGUGUUGAAGGGUGAGCGACAGGGCCAGAAGACGGCCCCAAGCCAAGGAGGGGGAGACGGAGGAGGAGCGGCGUCGACAAUAUCAGCAGAUAUCAAAAUGCGCGCCCUGAGACGGGUGGUGUCCAUCGUCGCGGGCCGGGUGAACGACCGCAAUGCAAGCUGUGAUUCAGACCGCGUCAAACACCGGACCACAAUGGACAUUCAAGCAACAUUGACUGAAGCAGCAGACGCCAUGCCUCAAGGCUGGUGGGACGUGGGAUCGCACCUCGAGACUUCCGAUCCGUUUCUGGCGCACGAACAUCUCACCACGCAAAUGUGGUUCUGGCAGGUCCAGUCCUUCCUCCAUCUGCCCUUUAUGCUAAAACUCAACUCCUCCGCCAUCAGUGCUGCUGCAGCUCAGGGCCAGAAUCACCACGACCACGACCACAUCCAGAACGGCAACAAUACAGCCACAGACCCGUACGAAGUGAAUAAAGACCUCUGUCUCCAGGGCUGUCGCGGCAUGAUCCGAGUCUUCAACCUGCUCCGCUCAGACCCUUCGCUGGCAGUGUACAUCUGCAGCUGCGAGGACUUUCAAGGGGUGUUCAGCGCGUGUAUACUAAUGGUGGGCCUACUCAUGCGCAUGUCAUGCUGUUCGCGGACGCUACCCGAGCCCGAGGAGUGCGAGGGGGCCAUAGGAGAAAACGUCGGCGAGGACCUCGCUCUCAUCGAGGACAUCAAGGAUAUCUUCCGGUACCGCGCCACCGAGCAGGGCGGCAGCAUCAGCAGACAGGGCCUGAGAGUGCUGGAGGAGCUCGGCUCCUUCUUGUACGAAGACGAGGACGUCGACGGCGGCUUGCUCGAUCGAGCCGAGCAGGUCAAGCGCAGGACCGUCGUCCUCCCGUACUUUGGGGCAAUUCAUCUGGAGUUGAGGCCGCCACGGCAUCAUGUGCGCGACAUCGCCAAGGCCAGCGUACUGCCGCGAAGUAGUGCCAUUCGGGGAUUCAGCGCAGCAGAAGAGAUGGCAUGUCCGAGUUCAUCUGAGCAACCUGUCGAGGGACGAACUAUAACGGAUUGUCCUGGACAAAUAAUCGAGCCCAUGUGCUUACCAUCUUCCAACUGGGACCGCGAAGCCAAUUUCGACGCCAUUGCCAGUGGCGGUCUUGACGCCGACACAGCGCUCCAAUUCUCCAUGCCAGAGGCGAAUUUGAAUUGGGAUCGCUUUCUCUACGGGCACGAGCUGGCUCAGAAUUGGAGUGCCGACCUACCUGAAUGGCCCACUACUAUGGACAUGGACAUGCCACCUUGA